CCUCUGUUUCGAUAGCAUAUCGAUAUCGAUUGCGCUUCAAUGGACUAAAAACUAAAACAAAAAUCAACAAAAGCAAAAGGUAAAGUGAAAUUAUAAAAACUAUUGAGUGCCGACAGUGUUUCAAACAAAGGCAUUGAACUUUAUUCACUUAAAAUUAACAUUAAAGUACGAAAAACCAUCCUUGGGGCGCAAACACAUUGGAAAACAAAGUAGCACCCACCCACAUACCUGGAGAGGAUUAAUCAUGGACAUAUCGAAGGCACCAAAUCCGCGAAAACUGGAGCUGUGUCGCAAAUACUUCUUUGCUGGCUUUGCAUUUCUGCCAUUUGUGUGGGCCAUAAACGUUUGCUGGUUUUUCACAGAGGCCUUCCACAAGCCACCAUAUUCUGAACAGAGCCAGAUAAAGAGAUAUGUUAUAUACUCCGCAGUGGGAACUUUGUUCUGGCUGAUAGUACUGACUGCUUGGAUAAUAAUAUUCCAGACAAAUCGCACAGCUUGGGGUGCCACAGCGGACUAUAUGAGCUUCAUCAUACCCCUGGGCAGUGCAUAAACAUGACUAGAUUAAUUCGUUACUAACUUAUGAUAUUAAAAAAGACUUCAUUCCCAUCAAUAA